CGGCCUGCUACAAUUUUUCUUCCAGGCAUGGACCAGCCGUCGUCCUCUUCGCCUGCCCCACACUCGAUCGUCGCCAGCAUGCGAAAACGAUAACGACGACGAUUUCUUAAUUGCCACAAUGCGUAGUGGCUUCCCCCUUUACCUUUCAGUAGCGUUCACGUCAAAAGAAUCAUUGGCAUCCACCCAAACAUAAAGACGCUUCUGCUCCUAACUCACCGUCUCUUUUGCCGACGCCAGCCAUCGCGUACUCCGUCAACGUGGUGCAUGGCGCAGUUCUCCCCUGCUUUAUUCCCCCUCCCUUCCUUUCCCUUUCCCUUUCCCUUUCCCUUUCCCUUUCCUCCUCCCACCCCUAAAUCACAUUGAUGACACCUAUCGACCGCUAUAUAAGUGGUAGCACUUUAGGCACUUAGCCACUCAGUAAACACGUACAGUUCCAAAGCUUCUUCUUCUUCCUCUUCACUCUGCUCUGAAAACAGAGAUCUAUGGCUUACUCUUCGCUGUGCUCUGUUUUGCUGCUCUCUUUUCUGUUGCUGCCUGCUCUGUUUCACGGCUCUGAUGGACAGCCGCUCGCCAUGACCUACCACAGGGGAACUAUGCUCACCGGGAGGAUCUCCGUCAAUCUCGUAUUCUACGGAAAGUUCACCGUUUCCCAAAGAGCUAUCGUCUCCGACUUCGUCGCUUCCCUCUACCCGCUGCCUGGACAGAAGGACCGCCUUGAGCCGUCGGUGGCCUCCUGGUGGAAUUCGCUCCGCAAGUAUUACUCCGCCUCCAGGACGCCGCCGCCCAGACUCGCUCUCGGCCGGCAGAUCUUCGACGAGUCGUACUCCCUCGGGAAAUCCCUCAACGACGCUCACCUCGCCGCCCUGGCGGCGCGCGGCGGCGGCGGCGCGCUGAGCGUGGUGCUCACGGCGGGGGAUGUGGCCGUGGAGCGGUUCUGCAUGAGCCGGUGCGGCUCCCACUUGGCGGCAGCCGGAAGAGGCCGAUCUGUGUACAUAUGGGUGGGGAACGCAGCGGCGCAGUGCCCCGGGCAGUGCGCGUGGCCGUUCCACCAGCCAACUUACGGCCCGCAGACGCCGCCGCUGGUGGCGCCCAACGGCGACGUUGGGGUCGACGGGAUGGUGAUCAACCUGGCCAGCAUGCUGGCGGGUGCCGCCACCAACCCGUUCGGCGAUGGGUUCUACCAGGGCCCGAGAGAGGCGCCGCUGGAGGCCGCGACGGCGUGCGCGGGGGUGUACGGGAAGGGGGCGUACCCAGGCUACCCGGGGAACCUACUGGUUGACCCAGCCACGGCGGCCAGCUACAACGCGCACGGGGCCCGCGGGCGGAAGUACCUGGUCCCAGCCUUGUUUGACCCGGCGACGUCCACGUGUUCAACUCUGGUGUAGCUUCCCCUGUUCCGUGUGCCAGAUAAAGUAUAGACUAAAGAGGAUAGCGAUAGAGAAUGCCUAAGUAUUAUAUAAAACGAGAGUGAAUAAAAAUGAAAAUUUGUGAAUAUUUGAAUAUGUAUUUACGUCGUACCGAACUGUGUGACUUUUAAGUAUGUGAAAUAAAUGGUAAAAAUAUGUUUUAUA